GAUAGUCCUCCAAUCCCAACUCCUCCCUAUAUAAACACCCUUCCUCUCCAGACAAAUUAAUAAUAUUUCAUAUUCAUAUUCAAUCAAAAUACAGUGCGAGCGAUGAUGAGGAGAUCGGAAUGCCAUCCUCUCCUAAGAGGAACAGGAACCGGAAAGUUCACCCACGGCUUCUCUACGGCGGAGAUGGACACUUUAACCUCCAUCUGCGACACUCUACUUCCUCCUCUGCCCUUCAAUUCUCCAACCACCACCACCCCCGCCGAGAAGGCGUUUUACCAAGUAUCCGGUGCGCAAUCCCCAAUUCCUGAGGAGGUUGCGGAGACAGCGAGGAAGAGAGGAUUGAUUGAAAUUGUGUUGCUGGUGAGAGUCGUGCUGUGGAUUCUGGCUACGAGGUUAGGAACGUUGUUGCUUUGUGGUUCGCUUUGUUUUUGCGAGAAAUGGCCUUUUGUUUGCAAAUUCUCGGAGAUGCCAUUGGAGAAGAGAGAGGAAGCUUUGAGGAGAUGGUUUAAGAAUAAGGUCUUCACGCCCGUUAGAGCUGCUCUUGCGCUCAUCAAACUUGUUUUUCUCUACGUCUUCUUCUCUCGGGUUGAUGUAAAUGGUGACAACCCAAGCUGGGAAGCCAUAAAAUACGUGCCGGAAAUUGAUGAGCAUCCCUCCAAAUCCUCCGAUGCGAGGCCUCUCGAAAAGGGAAUUAUAGAACCCAACAACGAAACCGAAUCAUCCUUUAAAAAAUCCCUCUUACAGAAGGGUAUCAGAAUUGCCGGAGACGAUGGCCACACCCUUUCCGUCGAAUGUGAUGUGGUGGUUGUCGGAUCAGGUUGUGGUGGCGGCGUUGCAGCGGCAAUUCUUGCAAGUUCCGGCCAGAAAGUAAUGAUUCUCGAAAAAGGGAACUAUUUCAUUGCAUCUGAUUAUUCAUCUUUAGAAGGCCCUUCCCUCGAGCAAUUGUACGAAGCCGGUGCGAUUUUCGCAACUGAUGAUGGGAAAGUGUUGAUUCUGGCUGGUUCAACCGUUGGAGGUGGCUCCGCUGUGAACUGGUCAGCAAGUAUCAAAACUCCAGAUCACGUUUUACAGGAAUGGGCCGAGAGCCACAAGAUUCCAUUCUUUGGGACCUCUGAAUAUCAGGUUGCGAUGGAUGCUGUUUGCAAGAGAAUUGGGGUUUCAGAGGAUUGUGAAGAAGAAGGGUUUCAGAACCAAGUUCUUCGAAAAGGGUGUGAAAAUUUGGGGCUUAAAGUUGAAAAAGUACCAAGAAAUUCAACAACAGGUCAUUAUUGUGGAUCUUGUGGCUAUGGUUGUAGAAAAGGAGAGAAACAAGGGACUGAUUCUACUUGGCUAGUUGAUGCUGUCAAUCAUGGGGCAGUAAUAAUAACAAAUUGCAAAGCUGAGAGAUUCAUAUUAGAAAGGAACAAAAAUGGAAGUAUGAAGAAGAGUAAGUGCUUGGGAGUCAUUGCAAAUGUUUGGAGUGACAACAUUACAAAGAAACUGCAUAUCAAAGCCAAAGCUACUAUCUCUGCCUGUGGAGCUCUUUUAACACCACCAUUGAUGAUAUCAAGUGGACUGAGGAACAAACACAUUGGCAGAAAUCUUCAUCUCCACCCCGUUUUGAUGACUUGGGGAUACUUUCCAGAGUCUAAUUCAGGGUUCAAGGGAAAAUCUUAUGAGGGUGGGAUAAUCACAUCAGUUCACAAAGUUGUUUCUGAAGAAUCCAAAUCAAAUCCCAAAACCAUCAUAGAGACUCCUUUAUUAGGACCAGGAUCAUGUGCUGUGUUGGUUCCUUGGGUAUCUGGACUUGACAUCAAGCAAAGAAUGCUCAAGUAUUCAAGAACUGCCCAUUUUAUAACGAUAGUCCGGGAUUCGGGAUCCGGGGCAGUAAGGUCAGAGGGAAGGGUGAGUUAUAAUUUGAGUGAAGAAGACAGAGAAAACCUCAAGAAGGGGUUGAGACAAUCAUUGAGAAUUUUGGUUGCUGCAGGAGCUACUGAGGUUGGCACACAUAGGAGUGAUGGACAGAGACUUGAAUGUAAAGGGAUUGGGAAGGAGGAAUUGGAAGAGUUCUUGGAUAGUGUAUCUGCAGAGGGUGGCCUACUAUCAUUGUCCAAAGAUUGGAAUGUCUAUACCUCAGCUCAUCAGAUGGGGAGCUGUAAAAUUGGAGUUUCAGAAACAGAAGGCGCAAUCGACCAAAAUGGAGAGAGUUGGGAAGCUGAAGGGCUAUUUGUUUGUGAUGCUAGUGUUCUUCCAACUGCUGUUGGUGUCAAUCCCAUGAUUACUAUCCAAUCCACUGCUUACUGUAUCUCAAACAGAAUAGCAGCAUUGUUAAGGAAGUAGGUUCCUAAGAUGUUUAUUGUUUACUUGUUUGUAGUCUUGUAUUCUUACACAAGAGUGGUGAUGUAUUUACAAGUUUGAUUAGAGGUUAAGAUCAUCCAUUGUUAGUGAAGUUGGUUCCUGAUAUGCUUUUUAUUUGUUUGUUCGGUCUUUUUUUACUCUUUCCUCAACAACCCUGUGAUUAAUCUUGCGAGAUUUUGUGA